AUGUCAUCAUCAUCUGAAUUCCUCCGAUUUACCCCUCAAGAAGUUCCUGGAGCAAUCAUUGUCAAUGCUUUCGCCAUCCUAUCAACCUUGGCCCUUUUCACUGUCGCCUUCCGUGUCAUCUACCUUGCAAUCAGACGUUACCUCUCAUCCGACUCGAGUCCCCAGUCUCGCGAAUACAUCUUUUUCAACACGCAGUUGGGAAACUAUGCUGCGUGUUUGCUAAUUGCGAACCUGGUUUCUGGUGCUGCGGGUCUUAUGGGUCUUGAGCAGUUAUUGAAGGGUGGGAUCGAGGAAGGAAUGUCCUGCACAACCCAAGCCAUCCUGAUGCAAGUCGGUAAUUUCGCCAAUGCGUACUUCAUGCUGGCCAUUGGAAUCCAUACCUUGAACUCGCUGGUCCUGGCUAGGCGUCAAUCCACGCUCAUAUGUGCGAUUACAAUUAUUCUAGGGUGGCUUGUUGCGUCUGUACUUGCUGCUGCACCGCUGAUCCAAAAAUUGGACAAUGGUGCCCCGUAUGGAAUAUCCGGUUUGAGUUGUGGCAUCAGAAAAGUGUACCCUAAAAAUAUGUUCUUCUUCCACCUGCUACCGAUCCUCCUUGCCUCAUUCGUCUCCGCAUUGCUAUUUUCGUUGAUCUUUUUGGCUCUCCGCGGGACUCUGGUUUUGAGAGGUGGACUGAAGCUCUCUCUCGAUCCAAACGAACGAUGGGCCGGCAAUAUCCAGAACUAUCAUCGGUUCGUCGCCCGCAUUGCUCGAAGUAUGCUAUGGUUUCCAAUCGCGUACAUCGUUUUCCUUGUGCCAUAUUCAGUGACGCGUCUUAUCGACUUAUCUGGUCGGACCUGCCCGUUCCCUUUGCUUGUUGUUGCCUAUGUUUGUUGGUUCACACUCGGUGUCGCUAACGUUCUCACACUAUACAACACAUUUCGUGUUCUCGGCCCUGCUUUUGAUGCGCGUGAAACUAGCCAGAAGGACUUGGAGUCUCGCGUCAGUGGCUCGCGAUCGGUCAUGCCUCCCAUGAUUGCAGCAGGGGACAACCUAUAUCGAACUACCACCUCGUUCUCCGAAAAGUCAUCGCGCCCAGCGUCGCUCAACAGUUUCAACCAGGUCCAGCCAGCUCCAUCUGAAAACACUGCCAUGCCAUUCAGACUCCAACCUCCGCCCCUCGCUGCCCGAAUCCAAGAUCGCAGUCAAGGCGACUAUGCUGGAAGCACCCAUAAUCGUACAGAUUCCCAGCGGAGUAACCUUUCAACCACACCCAGCUUCUACGAAUAUGGCGGAUCCAGCGGGGAACCAACUCGAUUAUCAUCGCUGCUCUUAAAUGAGUCCAAUGUCAGCGGAGUGCCUACGCGUGUCCGGUCUACACGGCCACUUCCACCUCAGCAGCAAUCUCCUAUGCACAGUCUCCCGGCCCCCCCUCGUCCCGUGAAACGACAAGUAACUGCAAGCCGGGCGGUCCUGAUGUCUGAGCCAGACAGUCCACACGGGUCACUUGAAGUUCGCUACAGCUCGACACCAGAAGACAGACCCGAGGGGUAUAUGCCUCACGGUCUUGUUAGUGCAGUGGGAAAUAACUAUCCAAUUCCUGCCAUUCCAAGCGCUGAUGACCUUCCCUCUCGAGGAGGAUCCGCUGAAAUCAACCGCAGUCGGUCUGCCCACACAACGGGACAACGUUUGGAACGGACAAGCGACUCUCGGUCAAUGCGCUUGUCCACUCCCGAGCCGCGUCCACCGAAGUUCUGA